UCCGCUUCCCGACUUUCCUUUCAAAACCACUCAGUCUAUGCCUAAAUAAACAUUAUGGAGGGAGAUCUAAUCUUUGUGAACAUCGAUCCUGGUUAUAAUAUUGCAUCGGAUGCAAUUGAAGAACUGAAGAAAAGUGGACGCCUUGAAGAAAUGAAUCAACAACGGUCGUGGCUCGAAGCGAUACAAAGCAAUGUCGAUGGUGAUAACAAUGUCUUUAAAUUCGGUGGGGAGAAUGCAGGGCCGGAUGAAGCCGCUUCGGCAUUUGCCGAGAUAGCUUCCAGUGUCUUUCGAAUGGUGAUGCUACAAGCCGUCAAAAUAAGUGAAGAUUGGUGGCCGGAGCUUCAAGAAAAUGUCAUGAAAAGAAAUACAAAAGCCUUGCGGUCCCAAGUAAUGUCAGCCUCCCCGUUCCAUCUGCUUGACAAGAAAAACGACAACAAAAAGACGGCGCGAAAGUACUGGAGAAAAUACGAUCACGUCUUCCCACAAUCAACGAUCGAAAGCCAAGUGCUGGAAAACCACGGAGUUAGCGUUAAUUUUCACAACAAGAUGCUGAUUUUCAGGAGCAACUUCAGCGAGGUGAUUGAAAUAAUCACGGAGGCAAAUGCCGCGAUGGAGCCACUGGGUUGGAAUGCCGGCGAAUUCGAUAGCAACGUUCAGGUGAAGUGCAUUCGCAAGGAAAUUAAGCCAAGUGAAGAGGAAGGGGAGUGCUUUAAGAAAUUAAAGAAGCUGAGCUCGCCUGAAGUUGAAAAGGCGAAUAGUCGUCAACGGAGCCGGGGUGAAGUUUUGGAUUUGUUAGAGAACGAUAAAAUAGAUAAUUUGUCAGAUCAGGUGAAAAAAUCAUUCGUUUCUCCAAAUAACUGAGACCAUUUCAUCUCUUUAUGCUUUUUUCUAUUAAUUUUACGCUCGUUCAAUUUUAAUAAUAAUAAUAAUAAUAAUAACAUAAAUACCGCAAAUUUUGCGGGUACCUAUGUGUGUUAAAUAUUGAACUUCGUCUAGUAAAUGCACCUUAAUUAUAUGUAAUGCACUAUCGACCACAUAAAAACUAUUAGAUAAGAACAUGCACUU